AUGGCUACCACGGCGCCGCCCAAGCCCAAGCACGACUGGGCCGACGAUGAUGAUAUCGAGGAAACAUCGACCGACCUGCCUCCCCCCCAGACCAUCUCCAACAAGGACGGCACCAAGACCAUCAUCACAUUCCGCUACAAUGACGAGGGCCAAAAAGUGAAGACGACGCGCCGCAUCCGCUAUGUCACGCACACCGAGACCGUCAACCCCCGCGUUGCCGACCGCAAGACGUGGAGCAAGUUUGGUCAGAGCGAGAAGGACCCCGUGGGCCCGGCCGCCGACACGACGUCGGUCGGCGAGAACAUCAUCUUCCGCCCCAGCGUCAACUGGCGCAAGGACGCCAAGGACGAGAGCCAGGACCCCAACGCCCAGUCGAUGAAGGACAAGCUCAAGGACAAGAAGGUCAAGUGCCGUAUCUGCAACGGCGAGCAUUUCACGGCCCGGUGUCCGUACAAGGACACGAUGGCGCCCGUCGGCGAGAGCGCCUCGGCAGACGUCGCCGCUGGCAUGGGCGACGACCCGUCGGUCGGCGCUGCGGGUGCUGGCAAGAAGGGUUCCUACGUGCCGCCUGCCCUGCGCGGGGCUGCAGGCGCGGCCGGCGAGCGCAUGGGCGGCAAGUUUGGCGAGAGAGACGACUUUGCCACGCUGCGUGUCACCAACGUUUCCGAGAUGGCAGAGGAGGGCGAGCUGCGGGACAUGUUCGAGCGGUUUGGCCGCGUCACGAGAGUAUUCCUUGCGAAGGACCGGGAAACGGGCAUGGCCAAGGGUUUUGCCUUCAUCAGCUUUGCGGACCGCGGCGACGCCGUCAAGGCCUGCAACAAGAUGGACGGUUUUGGUUUCAAGCAUCUCAUUCUCAGGGUCGAGUUUGCCAAGAAGGCCCAGUAG